CAUCAACUUUAUGAACUGCAAAAAUGGCUGAUGAAAGGAAUUUUAGAAGCUAUUAUUAUGAGAAAGUUGGAUUCAGGGCAGUGGAAGAGAAAAAGUCCAUAGAGUUACUUCUUAAAGAUAAACCUCUGGAUCGUGAGAAGCUAAGACUAUUCUGUCUACGUUUUCCAGUGUCAGCUCGAUAUAGAGUUUAUCUUUGGAAAAUCAUUCUAGGCAUUUUACCAGCUAAUCAAGACUCUCAUGACUUUGUUUUGAAGAACAGAACAGAACAGUACAACAAUCUACGUCAUGCCUUGGAUGUGAUGAGAAAAGUGAACAAUACAACACCUAAUUCUGUCAUCUUCUUGAAGAUGUUCUUAAUUGAAGAAGGGCUUCUGCCUUUUCAGGAUAGUGACCUUUUAUCCAACCGAGCAUAUGAGGCAUAUGUUCACAUAGCAAAGGCUAUCUCUGGUAUGGCAGAAAAUCAAGUAGAUGCAUACUGGAUAACAAAUGGAUUUUACAGACACUUCUGUAAACACUACCAAGAUUGUAUUCCAUUACUGGUAGAGAAAGUAAAAGCAUCACUGAAGAAGGAAGAUGGUGACCAGAAAUUGAUAGCACACUUUGAUAAGCAUGACAUGUGGAAAGCUUUACCUCUAACAGACUGGCUCUAUUGUGGAUUUGCUUCUAUUUUACCUGAAUCUUCUUUUGAAAGGAUUGGAGAUAUACUAAUUGGUGGUUCAGUUAUGAUAUUGAUCUAUAUAGCAGUGGCUUUGUUUAUCACUCUUAGAAGACCUUUACUGAGUAUGAAAUCUCGAGAAGAAAUGCUCAAAUAUCUUGCUGAGAUACCAGAGGAUAGUGGUGAUGUGUUAGUAGGGAAAGCUAUUGACAUGUGGGAAAAACAUGGACAUCAUCUUACAAAAUCUGACUCUCCUGGACCUGUAAAUAAAUCACCUACAUUGUAACAUAGUUAUAACAAGUGGGUGACACCAUCAUGGGUCUUAUAAAGGACAAUAUUUUAAUGUGAUUUAGUGAAUCCACUAAUCUUAUAAUUAGAAUAAGACAGGUUAGGGAUUCAUUGUGUAGCAGGAAUAAGAAGUUCAUGGAAACAUAAAAUUUUCACAGAAUGCAGUGGUAAUAGAAAAGUAUCUAGUCAGAUAGCAUGUGAUAUAAUAAACAUACAAAAAUUAAGGAUCUUGUUAUUGUUACAUGAACCUGGUCAGAUAUAAUCAUAAACCAAUGUUUUUUUCUCAAUUUUCAAAAUAACCUGUGGCUUUCUGAAGGUAAAAAUAUAGUGUGUGUAAUCAGAAAAAGGAAAAAUCAAAUUCCAACAACUGAGAACGAAAUUUACCCACACAUUUUAUAAAAUUUUCAAUUUCAGUUAAAUUUAACAUGCAUGGUACAUAGCAGAGGCUAUCUGUAAGGACAGCUUUUUGUCUUCUACAUGUGUAGCUGGUAUAAGUCUGCUGCUCUCGUGAAGAAUGUGCACAGGGCAUUUUAGCGGAAAAUAUUAGCAUAUUUAGGGGAAAAUAUACCUAUUUUGGGCUAGGGGAAACACCCUUUAUUCGGCUGUAAAAUACAGGGGAAAAAUCACUAUUAACAUAUACAAAAUACGACUAAAACAGGUGUAAAUCUAUGGAAGAGUUUUUAAACCUGUUACAUACAUGUAACUGGGAAAUUGACUUGUGAUACAACAGACAGUGGUGGAAAACACAAACCUAGUUAUUGUUUAAAGAUCUGUUAACUUUAUGAAUUCAUUUAUGAUCAUAUGAAAUACAAUAUAUUGCUUUAUAAGACUUUGUUCUCUUCAUUUAGAUAAAGAAGAUGAUUACUAGUAUAUCAUUAUAUAUCACAAAAUUAAAUGUAAAAUGUACUGAAAAUUA